UGAUCUUAAAGAUAAAAGUAGUCUUAGAGAUAGUAGUAGUAAUCUUAGAGGUGGUCUUAAAAAUGGUCUUAGAGGCAGUUUCAGUGGUAAUAAUGAUAGUUUUAAAAACAGAAAUAAUAGUCUUAGAGGUAGUCUUAGAGGUAGUAAUAAUGGUCUCAGAAGUAGUAUUAGUGGUUUCAGAGAUAGAAGUAGUUUUAAAGAUAAUGAUAAUAGUCUUAAAAGCA